AUGCUGCAACCAAGAAUACUGCUGCGGCAGUCUUCGCGGAGCGCAGUCAGCAAAUAUCUUUCGAUCCAGCAUGCGUUUCCCCGUGCCUAUGCAACCGUGGUUGAGCCCAUGAAGGUCGAGUCUCCUUCACAGGCAGUCGCAACAGCAGGAUUUGCUGCACCUCCCACGACCGAGAAGAGCAGUUCUGCGUUUGCAAUGCGUACAUAUAAGCCUCGAACACCCGGUGUACGGCAUCUCAAACGACCUAUCAAUGAUCAUCUAUGGAAAGGAAGACCGUUUCUGCCCUUGACUUUUGCAAAGAAGGGGCACGGAAAGGGAGGAAGAAACAAUAGCGGCCGAGUUACAAUUAGACAUCGCGGUGGUGGACACAAGAGAAGGAUACGAACAGUCGAUUUCGCACGGAUGACGCCUGGAAAGCAUACUGUGGAGCGCAUUGAGCACGAUCCCGGCCGAAGUGCACACAUUGCUCUACUCAAUGAAGAAACUACAGGGAAAAAGAGCUAUAUCGUUGCUUCUGAGGGUAUGAGGGCUGGAGAUGUAGUUCAAAGCUACCGAGCUGGUAUUCCCAAAGACCUGCUCGACAGUAUGGGAGGAGUGGUAGAUCCUGGUGUGUUGGCAGCCAAGACUGCGUGGCGAGGCAAUUGCUUACCACUCCACAUGAUACCUGUUGGGACUAUGGUAUAUUGUGUUGGGUCUUCGAAAAUUCGGGGAGCGGUCUUCUGUCGAAGUGCUGGUACUUAUGCCACCGUUGUUUCCAAGGAUGACAACACCAACGGAGGAGGACAGAGAUACGUACAAGUCCGACUAAAGAGCGGCGAAGUCCGGAACGUCAGCAAAGAUGCAUGUGCUACCAUUGGUGUAGCCAGCAAUCCUCACUACCAACAUCGGCAGCUUGGAAAGGCUGGUAGAAAGCGUUGGUUGAACAUUCGCCCAACGGUGAGAGGUCUCGCAAUGAAUGCCGCCGACCAUCCACAUGGUGGUGGAAGAGGAAAGUCUAAGGGUAACGUUGAUCCCGUCAGCCCUUGGGGUAUGCCAGCCAAAGGAGGAUACAAGACUCGCAAAGUCAGAAACCCAAACAAGUGGGUGGUGACAGCACGCGUGCGAAACCAGGGGAAACGGCGAGUCAAGUAG